UUUUUCCCCCUUGACAUUCUAGCUGCUGUCACUACAUUUUUCUGGGGAAUUCUCGACGAGAUUUUACGGGUCCUUCCAUGCUGUUCUUUCUGUGGUUUCCUUGUUUCUUUUUGCGACCAAGUUCCAGAUGGCUCAGCAGUGCUACCAGAAUGAAUAUUUUGACAGAUUGCUGAUUGCUUGCAAACCCUGUCGCCUUCGAUGCUCUAAUACCCCGCCUGUAACGUGUCAGCAUUAUUGUAAUACAAUGAAAGGAACAAAUGUGAUUCUCUGGACCUGUUUGGGCCUGAGCUUGAUAGUUUCUUUGACAGUUUUCAUCUUGAUGUUCUUGCUAAGGAAGAGGAGCUCCGGACCACUGAGGGACGAACUUAGAAACCCAGGAUCGGUUCCCCAGAAGGGUGCUGGCGCUGACCUGGGCAAUGGCAGCGAGGGCCGGAUGGGUGCGGAAACGCUGCUUUCGAGAGGCCUGGAGUACACGGUAGAGGAAUGUACGUGUGAAGACUGUGUCCAGAGCGAACCAAAGGUCGAUUCCGACCAUUUCUUUCCACUCCCAGCCAUGGAGGAAGGCGCCACCAUCCUUGUCACCACGAAAACAAAUGGCUACUGCAGCAGCCUGCUAGCUGCCGAGAGUGCCCUGGCAUUGGAGAAAUCAAUUUCUACCAGAUGAUUAACGCACCGUUUCGAUGGCAGAGAGCUACUUGGAAAGUCUUUUGUUGGAAGGAAAGGAUGAUGUGUCGUCUCUUUAGGACGCCUGACUCCUCGGUGGGUGGUAUAGAUCUUGGUCCUCUAAUUCUGGAAAACCUUUAUGUUUCCUUCCACCUUAUUGAUGGGAACUUAGCUGUGGAAACUUCGUCGGUUUCAUGAUUAAAUUGACCAUUGGAAAAAAAAAA